AUCACUACUAUGUCACGAGAUGAAAUCCGUGCCGUCAAUAAGGGCGUUUGUAUCACCUUGGCAACAGCAUUGAACGAUGGCUUGUGGCAUAUGCCAACUCUAGACUAAAGAAAAAAUUCUUGCACAAAAAAAUCUGCCCAGCUACGCUCACUCGAUAAGGCCCCCAAAGCAGGGGACAGAAACAGCGUGCUCAGUCAACUCAAAAGCGCGGGUCUAUCCUCAUCAAUAAACCUCUUUUUUUUAAAAACCAUUCAGCUAUGAGCACUUCUAUGCAUCACUCGCUGACUAACUCGGCAUGUAAGGGAACCAAUUCAGAAGCCUAUGAGGCAAUCAUGUCACAGUUCGUGUCGAGAGGCUAUUUCCGGCCUCUCAUUAAGACUUUAGAACCCUUUGAUAAGAUCAUGGGCGGACUUAUGUGGACUAUAAACAAACUCUUGACGGAAGGCGUAGAAUUAAUCGAGGGUCUAAGAUUGGCUGACAAAACAUUUCUGGCAGAAUACACCGUUCUCGCACUCAAAUACUUAAAUUGCCCAUUUCCUAUAUCAUGUCAACAAAUUAUUUUUUUGGACUAUAAUGCGCUUCAGCCAAUCGUUUCAUGGCUGCUACAGUCUAUGGGCACAUUUGAAGAUGAAGAUAGAAUUAUUUUGGAGAGGUGGCAACAAUAUGAACUUUCACACCAUUUCAAAAUGUACCCACCUGUUCAAAGCAUAAUUGGCCUCUCCAUCUCCAGAAAGCGAUAUUCGAUAUCCCCACAUUUGUCACGUAAAAUAGAAACUCCUCCAAUGGCAUUUUGGAGGCCAAGAACCACUCAAAAAAUCAAUCACGAUAUUUGUCCUAUCGAUGUCUAUGAAAUUCAUUCUAAACCAAGACGUCUAGAUACAUCAAACUUCAGACGAGACCCACACCCUUUCGUCCCUGCUAUAUUCUGGCCUUGUUAUGGAUUCUCUGUCAACCAAAUCCCGUCAAUAAAUCAGACUCCUGUGAAUCGUAAAAAAUUGCUAUCUCUCAUCCUUCCUCAGCUUCGUCAUCUCUCCGACUUGUUUCUAUCUUAUAAAAAAUGCUUCAGUCCUAUUUCCGCGCCUUCCAAACAUCACACUGAACUUUUCGCAUCCAAAAGCAUUGAUUUAUCUCAUUUACUACAUCCCAUUCAAACCAUCACCAAUCAACUUUCACCUUCCCACCUCCAUCGACUUCUAAGUCUAGCUGCUCUUAAUGCCAGACUUUCAUCGGAUAUCGUUAAAUUCGAAUCAUACCGCUCACAAUCUCAGAAAAUAUUCGACCACCUUCUCCAUAAUCUUCUCUCUCAAAUUCAACACUCUCAUCUCGACUCGUCCAUUUUGUCUCUCCAAUCAAAACUAGAUUCUUUGACUCAUCUAUUUCGUUCUAAAUCACAUCGUAUCGCUCAGCUCCGAUACUUGCUCGAUCAAGUCCCCCCUCGUGCCGAACUUUCUCAAUACCAACUCUACUUCUUGGAGUUGUUUGAUGCGCUAUCUCGUAAACUCGUCCAUUCUAAACAGGUGAUUAUUCUGCAUAAUGUUACCCUGGAUAUCCGUUCUUAUUUGCAGCAUUUCCUAUCCCUCUUGUCCUUCAUAGACCAGCAAAUUUCCACCAGUUCCUCUAGCAAUUAUCUCAACGUCCUCUCCAACGCCCUAGACAACACCAAGCGCAGUGUCUCUACCACUCUGGACCGUCUCCUUCGCGACUCCGAAUCCCACCUAUUGUCUAUUCAAAUCUUCCAACAAGACAUCGCCUCUCUCCUCUCUAUUGAGUCCCAAGCAAACUCGCUGUUUCACUCCUUCCAGCAAUCCUGUAACAAUACCGAAGCGCCAUAAACCCAUGUAUUUACCAUCCUCUCUGCGCAAGAAACUCAUACAAUCUUCACAAACUGGCGUUAUAUAAAAUCUAAUACUGUAUAAAGUGCCAAUUCAAAAAUAACAAGCGAAAUCAAAAGGAAACGUAUAAACGAUUCUCUAUAUGGGCCAGCAAGAGAAAGCUGGUGCAAGUCGCGUGUGUCAUAUGUUCUACCGAACGCGAAUUUUUGUUCGAGUCUCAUGCACAUAAAGCAGCGCACCAGCUGCGCUGAGUUUUCAACUUAUUCUGUAGACGAUGACACGAACCCCGUGAAGAGAAUUAUGAACUCUAGUUUGUGUAAAAGCCUUUCUUGGAUGCUACUGAUUUUCAAUGAAAGAUGCAGAACCCAUAUAAGAUGCAUUCAGCAUACCCAACAUCAUUUCGGCCGAGAAAAACCCCGAUUGCCUAUCACAGUCGAUAAAUUAUUGUACCUUUAUCUUUCCUCAUAAACUCAACGACAGAUGAGUUUUUUCAUAUCACAGCAUCUA